AUUGGAUCAGUCACCGUGCAACCGAGAACCAGAUCAGACGUACUUUUCCUGUUCCGGGGUAUUGUGUUUCGUGCGGUUCCAUUGCCUACCGGGUUGCGGGUACCGGAAGUUCUUCUCCCGAGUGCAGUACGCACCGCCGGAAAAGUGGGUGUCCCUGUGAGAUUUAAAGUGAAUUGAAAGGGUAAACGGAAAAGUUUAAAAGGGUGCUGCUUUGAAGUGCAUCUGUGUGAAAUUAGUGUCCAGUGGAGCGAGUGUUGUGCGAAGUUGCGAAGGAAAUUAGAGGGCGAAAUUGUGUGAAAUUCCGAAUUUCUCGAUAAGAGGCAAUAUCGAGCUGUUUCGAGGCGCUUUGCGCUUUCAUUUUCCUAGUGCGUGUGUGUGUGUGUUUGUGAGUGGGUUUGAGUGGUAGCAUUUGUGUUGCGCGGCCCGAAGAUGAGAAAAAAUUGUCCAACGCGGUGCAAGAAAUCGCUCGAGUGAACCACAAGGGUUUGUGAGUGUGCGCGCGUGAAGUUAGCGGGGAAAACCGUGUGGAAGUUCGCGUAGCUCCCGGGGAAAAAAAAGCAUGAAGCGUCGCGUGACGAUCGUGUACAAUCCGGUGCAACCGGCUACUCGUCACCAACCCCAUCAUCAGUCCCCUCAUCACCAUCAUCAUCAUCAUCAUCAUCAUCAUACGCCCUUGCACCAACAGCAUCCUUCGCCCACGGGGACAUUCCACUCGACAACAUUAGCAUCCUCAUCGUCCUCCCAGAACAUGAUCAGCUCCCUUUGUCUGUCCUGCAUGGCGACCUCCUCCACACCCUCCUCGCCAUCAUUCCGCUUCGCCUCCUCCGCUUCAUCGUCCUUUCCGUGCCAACGGUGCUGCUCGAUAUCAUCCAUUUUGAAAUCGUCGCCGGCGUCAUCACCGUCGCCGUUGAGUGCCUCAGAAAAAGCAGCACAGCUAGAAGAUGCUCUUAAUAAUAAUCACCCCCCGCCACAGUCUCACUCACACCCCGCACACCAUCCGCCUCAUCAGCAUCACAAACCAUCGACGGACGGGGGCUGUUGUGCGAACGGGGCAGCCCCGGAAUGCAGCCAGGCCCAGCGACGGAGCGUGCCGGAGCAGGGCUGGUGCAUGUACCUGGCCGUCGGGCUAAUUGCGGCCCUGUGCUAUCUGAACGGCAUCCAGGGGGACUUUGUGCACGACGACAUACCGGCGAUCACGCUCAACAAGGACGUGCUCGGGCACGGUCCGGUGGCGCAGGUGUUCCGCAACGACUUCUGGGGCACGCCGAUGGCCGACCUAAGCAGCCAUAAAUCAUACCGUCCGCUGACCACGCUGACGUUUCGCCUCAACUAUCUGACCUUCGGCCUGCGUUCGGUCUGGUUUCAUGCGACAAACGUGGCCCUGCAUGCCGUCGCCACGAUGCUCUUCACCCGCGUCUGCCUCACGAUAGCGGGACUGCGGCGAAACUUUGCCAUGCUGGCGGGCGUCCUGUUUGCCGUCCAUCCCAUCCACACCGAGGCGGUGACGGGCAUCGUGGGACGUGCCGAUGUGCUGGCGUGUAUAUUCUUCCUAAUUUCGCUGCUGGUCUACCACGGCCGUUCCUACGAACCCGACAUGAACUCCAUUUGGCUCAGCAUCGUGCUCGGCGGUCUGAGCAUGCUGGCCAAAGAGACGGGCAUCACCGUGUUUCUGCUCAACGUCGCCUACGACACGUACCGCAACUGGCCCGCCCUCAAGCGCACCGUCCAGGACAUGCGCUGGACCGAAGAAACGCAUCAGUUCGGACGCCGUGUGUCGCGUGUGCUGCUCUCGAUGGGUGUACUGCUAGCGGUGCGGUUAGCCCUGCUGCAGGGUUCGCUACCACGAUUCUCGCAGCAGGACAAUCCGACCGCCUUCCAUCCCAAUCUUUACGUGCGUCUGCUGACCUUCUGCUAUCUGGCCGCCUUCAACUGGUGGCUGCUGCUGUGCCCAUCGACGCUCAGCCACGACUGGCAGAUGGGUUCGAUCCCGCUCGUCACCACGCUCAGCGAUCCGCGGAACCUGCUCACGUUUAUUGCGUUCGGUGCGGCGCUACUGUUCGCGUUUCGCGGGCUUAUGGAUUGCGAGCAUCAACGUCACGUGCCGGUGGUAUUAGGGUUUCUAUUAUUAGUGCUGCCGUUUCUGCCCGCCACAAACCUAGUCGUAACGGUGGGCUUCGUCGUCGCCGAGCGAGUUCUCUACAUUCCAAGCAUGGGCUGCCUGAUUCUGGUGGUGUACGGUGCACAGCGACUCUGGGAGCGUUCGGACCGUCUGCGAAGACCGAUCCUGCUGCUUACCGUCGUACUGUUGGCGGCCGGCUGUCUCAAAACCAUCGCCCGUAACCAGGACUGGAGUUCACGCGAAGCCUUGCUGCGCUCGGGCCUGAAAACGUUACCGCACAACGCCAAAAUGCACUACAAUUUCGGCAAUUUCCUGCGGGACUCGGCGCAACCGGACCCGGCCAUCGCUCAUUAUCGGGAGGCACUGCGGCUGUGGCCGACGUACGCGAGCGCCCACAACAACAUCGGCACGCUCAUGCCGCAGUUCGCCACGGCCGAGUAUCACUUCCGGGAGGCUAUCAAAUAUGCAUCCGAGCACAUUAACGCGCACUACAAUCUAGGCCAAUUAUACAGAAAAUCGAACCGAACGUCCGAUGCGAUCCGGAUGCUGGAACGUUGCAUUCAGCUGGAACCACUGUUUACCGCGGCGUACCUGGAGCUGGCGAAGCUGUACGGUGGACAGCCGGCAGCUGCCGGUCGACUGCUGGCACGGGUUGUACGACUCAAUCCGUACAAUGCGGACCUGCGGCGGCAGUACGGCGACUGGCUGCUGGAGCAAAACAUGCUGCUGGAAGCGUUCAAACAAUACCAGGAAGGGAUCAAAAUAAUGGAAACUCAUCAAUUAUCCGUGAUUGGAGCCUGUCGCUGUCUACGCAAAAUGGGACAACAGUCGCGAUUACAUCAAAUGGUGCUGAGAUGGCAAUUUAUAGUUCGCUUAUCGAACGGCGGCAUUCCGAUACAGAACGAUAUCUAUCUCCGUGAUUGGAGCAUAAAGCACGAGCUUCGCAACCGGGCGAUGAUAUACGACAGUGGAAGUAGUAGUAGCAGCAGCAGCAGCAGUGGCUCCAGCAGUAGCAGCAGUGGCAGCAGCACUAGCAGCAGUAUUGCGAAUGGCGACAGAGUCCCCACCGCCCGAAGAGACACCGAGAGCAUAAAAGAUUGCUCCACUUCACAUCCUAGCAAACAAACGGAUCCACACCCACACCAGCCGGAGCCAGCCGAAAUAAGCAUACGCAUUCUGCGUACACCGCACUGCAACCGAUCGGAACAUCUUCCCAACUCGCUCAAAGCCUGCAAGCUAGUGACGGCAACGUCUUCUCCCCAGCCCGAACCCACCACCUCCACCACCAACCCUUCAACGCCCACGGGGAAAGGUGGUGGAAAGUCGAAAAAAUGGUCCAAAACGCGUCACAAACCGAAACGGCAACCACCGGCAGGCACAACGCUCGAUCCCAAUGGUGCCCUGGCACCGCUGCUCGUUUCAAACCUUCUCGACAAGCUGUAACGGACCGAUGGGGGUGGGAGGCUUGGAGCACGGGAACGUACGGUGGCGUAGCCGCAGACAGGAUUAGCUCUGCUCUGCCAGGCCACGCGUGAUGAUCGAUAGUGAUGAUUUUAUUUCCCCCUGCGAGUUUGGUAGCCAGCAGCCAGCAACAUUGGGGGAUGAACUGAUUUCAACAAGCAAUGGAACAAAAUCGCAAACCAGUAGACGAAACGUAGCGCCAACGCUCGACUUACUAUGAUAAAUCGCAUUAUAUUCGCAGGAAGUGAGUACGAAAACCCACAGAAAAAAACAAAAACAGACCGGGAGCAAUCGAACUUGCACUCGCAUCGAAAAGCGGAAGAAAGGAGGAAAAAACAAUAAUGAGCAUGAUUAGCUCCUGGGGGGGUCGGGGGGGGGGGGGUUGUUCGAUGUUUUGCGAGGCCACAAAAAGCGAUCGGACAACCGCCAGUUUGUAAUUAUAAUAAUCCAAAAGCCUGUGCUUAACACGCUCACGAUAACGUAGCAGCAGCUGUACAUUUUCGGAAAAUUCGGUUAGUGUUAGCGGGUGGGUCAGCGAUUGUAGAGCUCGAGAUAAGCGAACGAUUAUCCCCUAUACAUACACCACCUCUACAUGCAGGAUCUGUAAAUAUGCACACAUCGUCUCCGGGCAUCCGGGAAGAGUAGAAGCGAAGGUAAGUGUGAGUGAGAUGCUAGUGAUUAGUAGAGCGCAGGCGGCAGCGCGUGCAUCCUAGACCGUACGGGGCUGCAUAGCAGUGGGAAGGCAAUAUUAAGAUUUAUUAUUUCGAAGCGUAACAGAGCGUGUGGAAAUUGAUUGGAAGAAGUGUAAAAAUGAAAAUCACAGACAAAGAAGCUGAAUGGAUAAGACUGUGCGAGUGAAGUUGGAGUUGGUGAACGAUAGAGAGGGAAAAUUGUCUUACUAAAUCUGUUUACACUAACAAGCUCAAAUGGUUUCUAUAUGUGUAAAGGAUUGAUUGACACUCGCACAAACUUCAUUAAAAAUUGAUGAUUUAUCGAAGAAAAUAUUAAAGCGUCAAACUGUAAGGAAGAAUUAUUUUUGUCCGGCUAAAGGACUUUUGUGUCUAUUAUUUUUGGUUGAUUUUUAAGCUUCACUAGUUUUUCUAUUUAAUUAAAAAUUAUUUUCACGCUCCAACUGAAAUUUGUUGUGCUUAUUCGAAUGAGGACCGAAAAUGAAACGAACUGUAAAUAGCGUUCAAGCACCACCGUCGCUCGAUUGUGUUUAACGAGGGUGCUUUGCGUCAUUGCUUACCAGCACUGAAACGUCGGUCAGCUCAUACCUGUCAGGUUUGUCAGUUCUUGCGUUGAAUGGGUUUAUUGUUUUUAUGCACUCGAAUUUGUUCUUUUUUUCUUUCAAACAAACCUUUCAAUCCCCAUGGAACGGUGCGAAAGAGAGCACCAAAACGGAAGCGAAUACGAAUUUAAAAAGCGUCAACAGAUACGCACUGCAUCUUCGUCAGAGCAACGAACCGCAAUAAUGACCAGCCAACAGAUUAUUUUGAAGCAAAAGAAAAUGUGUGAGGAAACGAAAAACAAACCAAAACGCAAGCCAAAUGUACGCCAGCCUGUUUGAGUUUCGAGUGCGUUUGGAUGGCACAGGCAAAUAAAUUACAAGCGACCCAGGUAACAGAAAGGGGUAGAGUGCCGGGUGAAUCGUACGCGCAAAAAACCUAAAAAAAAAACGCAUCGCAAUCUGUAACAACUAGCUGUAAAUCGACUACCAUAAUUGGAUGGCACUUGGAGGCAGAAAGUAAUGUUGUGUAAAUGGAUAACGGAGGGAAAAUUGGGAAAAACCCAAAAUCAACUCACCACUGUCAGGUUGGUGUUUGAAGAGCGACGCGAAAAACACAUGCCCGAACGUGGAUGUAUCGAGCAGGAAUUGGGAAAACGAAACGAAAAACAGACAGCAAGAAAGGAUGGAGUGGGCAACAAUACUGUAAAACCGCUAAAGCGAUCAAACUGAUCAAUAAUAAAACAGCAUUUUUAAAUAAAAUUUUCACAAAAAUCAUAA